AUACUCUUCGUACGCUUGCAGUAAUUACAUUAAUGCUGUGAAAGUGAAACUUAUAAGCGAUUGAAAACAGCUGAAGUUUAGUGGUUGAACGUGUAGGUUUAGUUGCAUACGACGCUGAAGAAAUGUCAUUAGAUAACCCUUGUCAAAUGGUCUCAAAUCCGACCAUUCCAUAUAUUGGAACCAUUAUUGGAGGCUUGCACCAUGGAGAUAUGGUAGUAAUUCAUGGAUGUGUUCCUAGUGAUGCUGACAGGUUUCAGAUAGAUUUCCAGUGUGGAAACAGCAUAGAACCACGUGCAGAUGUUGCUUUUCACUUCAAUCCACGAUUCAAAUGGAGUCCUUACAUUGUUUGUAAUACACUGCAGAACAGCACCUGGGGGCGUGAGGAGUUUAAUUACAUAUUCCCAUUUGAAAAAGGACAGAGAUUUGAGAUAUUUUUCAUGGUCUCAAAUGAUAAAUUUAAGGUUGCAGUAAAUGGAAAACACAUACUACAGUAUGGUCAUCGAAUUGCACUAAAUAGAAUAGACAUUCUUGGAAUAUAUGGCAAGGUCCAAAUUGAAACAGUUGGAUUUUUUUCUUCAAGUUUUUUAGGGAAUCCGAGCUUAUUGUUACCUUUAUCUCAGAAAAUGGACGAAAAAAAUUCUUUAGGGAAUCCGAGCUUAUUGUCACCUUUGUCUCAGAAAAUGGAUGAAAAAAAUAGCUUGUCACUUGAGAGGUACAAGUUGCUGCUUCCUUAUUCGGGUGUCAUAGAUGGUGGACUGAAACCAGGCUACACAAUUGCUGUUAAAGGAGAAAUUGAUAACAAGAACCCAGACUUCUUUGUCAUUAAUUUGUCAUCCAAAGAGUCUGGCGAUAUCGCUCUGCACCUGAAUCCCCGAAUGAAACCAAAAACAUUUGUAAGAAAUUCUUUUCUGUACAACUGCUGGGGAGAAGAGGAAAAGAAUUUGUCUUAUUUUCCCUUCAAACCAGGAAUGUACUUUGAGAUUAUAAUAUUGUGCGAGACUCAUCAGUAUAAAGUUGCAGUAAAUGGAGAGCAUACGCUGGAAUAUAAACAUCGGUUUAAGGACCUUAACAAGAUCAACCAGCUGGAGAUUAAUGGUGCUGUCCGCCUUUUGGGUGUGAGCAGUUGGUGAUGGAGUUUGACAUCAAUAUUGUAGCAGGCUGUCUCUACUUAUUGAUUUGCUGUCUGCUUCUUUUUAGAUUAACAAUCCUGUUUAAGCAACAAAACAAAUAUUUAUUUUACAUUUAAAAAAUGUUCAUAUGCAUCCUAAUGUAUGCAAACACUCUUUCAUGUAAAAAUAAAACUUUGUUUUAAGCCACUUCUUUAUUAAAUUAACAUUUAAAAAAGCUUCCAAUCACAGAAGUGUAAACUAAUCAUGCCCUAUUUACUGCAUUAAUAUUAACAUGGCAGGAGGCAUGUACAUCACUUAAGGGCCAGAAUAAUUAGAGCGGAUUAGGGUAAGUAAGUUCUUCUGAAGCAGUUAACUGCCAUCCUGUUGGCACAAGAAUCGUAGCAUCACUCAAAGAUGGAAGAACAUUUAGAAACAAACUGUAUUACUAUCAGAAUGUAAGCAUGACUAAUCACUUUGACUGAUUUUGUUAGGUUGCCUUGCCUCUGUAGUAAAAGUAAGUGCCUUACAGUGCAACAAAAGAGUUCAUGUUUAUGUGACCUGUUCUGUACUUUUCUUUUUGUUUUCUGAUUUUGUAACAUCUGGACAAGAGGACGCAUUUGCAACUUUUAAACUGGAUUUUAUGUGGCAAUACAGAUUUUUGUUUUCAUAAGUUUA